AUGCUGAUCACCUCUUUCGUGAGUCCCCAAUCCACUCACUACACCAAAGCUGGUGGUAGAUGCAUCAGCCAGACUUUUCUCGUAGCAUCCUUCAGCGUUGAGUUCACCGAUAUCGCCGCCGCCGCAUUUUCGACUAGCGCGAUCCCGGGCAUCACAGGGUGCUACCACAGUUCGACCAAUUUCCAAUUCUUCAUACCAUUUCUUCUCCUUUCCGUGUUCCAACUGGGACUCAUGACGCUCACGAUCAUACGUGCCAUACAGAGCUGGCGGAAAAACCCAAGCCGUCUGUACGUUGUCCUGGUGAAACAUAACAUAUUCUAUUAUACGUGUGGUUUUUUGUUCUCAAUCGUGAACAUAUUCACAUCGCUACUCCUCGAUUACGCCUACCACACCAUGUUGUAUGAUUUUCAAGUCACGAUCCUUGCGAUCCUCGCCGCGCGCAUGCACCUCCAUCUCUGGCGAAUAAACCUACAUGCACACCGCUCUGGCUCCCUUACGCAUAUUCAAAUGUCUGAUAUGUCAUUUGUAGAUUACGCGGCGUGA